CAUAGUGAAGAUAUUCACGCCUCCCCUUUUCAAAUAUAUACUCUCAUCUCUCUUUGUUACCUUUGCUUUCUCCAUCGAUCGAUCUCCGAUCCAACUUUAAUUUCUUCCUUCUUUUAUAUAUAUAUAUAUAGUUGUUUGUUAAAAGUUAGAUUAGUUAACAAGUAUGGAAGGAUUUGAGGUUGGAAAGCGAGACGAAAGUAGUAUUUGUACGAUGAAGAAACGGCGGACUAAACGGCCGCGCCACCAUGACACGUCGUCGUCGCUUUCAUCUUUCAGUGAUAAUUCCGAUCAUCGUUCUCUAUCCAAUCAUUCGGAUAUCGAGUUCAAUCAUCACAGGGUUGAAGAAGAAGAAGACAUGGCCAAGUGUUUAAUGCUUUUGUCUCAAGGCCACGUCAGGAAACCGCCGCCGUCUCCGCCGUCUGCGGCGGCGGCGGGGAUGAACAGGGAAGUGUACGAGUGCAAGACGUGUAAUCGGGUGUUCCCAUCUUUCCAGGCUCUCGGCGGCCACAGAGCUAGUCACCGGAAACCAAAGGCGGCGGAACAAAAUCAAGAAAGUGUCGACGAGGAUGUUACAACGUUGUCGCUUCAAAUUCCCGGGCGGGCCGUCGCCGUGAGCUCUCCUCCUCGUAACAAAGUUAGUAAUAGGAUUCACGAAUGUUCCAUCUGCGGGGCUGAGUUUAGCUCCGGCCAAGCCUUGGGGGGUCAUAUGAGGAGGCAUAGACCGCUGCCCACCGCCGAUCAAGAAAUCAAGAAGCCCAGCAGGCAUCCAUUGGCUUUAGACCUUAAUCUGCCGGCGCCGGAAGACGAUCACCGGGAAAUAACCAAAUUCCCAUUUGCAGCCAAGGAACAAGUCAUCGUCUUCUCGGCUUCGCCUUUGGUGGAUUGCCACUAUUGAUGAUCAUCGUCAAUUAAUUAAACUCGAAUUCUUUUAUCUUUCACUGUUAAAUUAUUAAUUAUUACUGCACUUGUUAACGUUUAAGUCCAUUGUUAUACAUUUAAAGGAUUAGCAAAUAUUCAUUCUUUCAAUUCUUUUUCUA